UCGGUCAACGAGGGUAGCUCCCGCUGCGCUCAUCGCAUCCGCGUUGACCUCCUCCCUCCCCCUCUCCCACAUCGAUAUCUCUCUUCCUCGUGGUGCUUCUGGCUGGCGCCGCGCCGGCGCGCACGGCGAGGAUGCUCCCCGUCAAGUCCAUCCCUUAUGUCGUCGUGCCCGCUCGGUUCGCCGGAGGACGCCGCCGCGGAGAUGGCUAUCUGGGAGGAGGAGGAGGCGCCAGGCUCGCAGGGAGCAGCAUCUACGCCGGCGCACUCCAUCGCUCGCCCUCCAAGAACCCACCUUUCCCUUCCUCCGGCGGCGCCGCCGUGCUCUGCCUGGCCCGGCCAGCCGACGGCGUGGGGGACGACCACCCCAACAACAAGAAAGUUUGCGCCUUCACCGACGCCAAGGACGCGGAAGCUGCGCCGGCCGGCGGCGGAGGAGGAGGCGACCAAACGGCAAUCCAUGAUCUUGCGCCGUCCUACCUCCAGGAGCUGAAACGGGUGUUCUUGCUGCGUUUGUUCAAGAUAUCAUCCUGGGGACUUAUACUUUGCCUCGGCUACAGCGUUGUCUAUGUCACCGUGAAGAAUUUGCUGGUCAAGUACUUGAAUGGUGAUGUUGUGUAUGCUCACUUGUAUGCCUUCAUUAAGAAGCUGGUCGUGGCUGCUAUGAAGGAUCAAGAAAUUAGGGAGGUGGUGUCAGCAACCAUAAUAGACAUUGUUCCUCGUUCCCUUGAGCCAAUAAAUCCAGUCUUACAGUUCAGGGAGUUGAGUCAGGUGAGGUUCUGUUGUUACUGUGGCUUCAUAUAUUUGUUGUGGCACUACUACCUGAAGAAGUGAAGCCUCGUCUUUAGUUCUCGUAUGAUUAAGGGCUCAGCUAUCUGUAACCUUGAUGUUGAUUGAUAAAGUGGAUGUAAAUUGUUGACAUUGAGCAUGCAGGUCAACUAAAAUGUUUUUGGUGAAGCACAGGCAUUAUUAGCCAUAUGCAUCCUUCUCGCACUUGUCAAUAAAUGUAUCGACAUAGUUUGUAUCGACAAUAUUAACUUUCUCUGAGAAUUUUGGCUU